AACAUUGAAUCUUAAGGGCACUUUCGUAUGUGAAUUGCCGGCUGAGAUUCUCAAGCUCAAGUGCCUAUGCCAUCUUCUGGUUUACCGCUAUAGGACUGGAGACGGGUAUUAUAUACCAUGUGAUUGUGUAGAUGGAAUUAAGGUGCCUGCUGGAAUCGGGAGCAUGAGAUCCCUACAGAAGUUGGCACAUAUAGAGGCAGAGAGCGGCAUCAUUAGAGAGCUGGGGAAUCUUACCCAACUGAGGAGGUUAGGCAUUAUCAAGCUAAGAGUGGAAGAUGGGAAUGAUUUAUGCACUUCCAUUGAGAAGAUGAUUCACCUUCACUCCUUUUCUGUGAUAUCAAUGGCCAAGGAGGAGGUUCUCGACCUGCAUUCUUUAUCACAUUCUCCGCUACCUCUUCGAUGUCUAAAUUUGAUAGGGCGUUUGGAGAAGUUACCUGAAUGGAUUGCCUCACUUCAUAAUCUGGUCGCCGUUUGUCUGAGAUGCUCAAGAUUGAAGGAUGAUCCACUCAAAGCCCUUCAAUCACUGCCCAAUUUGGUGGAACUCGAACUAGAUCGAGCUUAUGAUGGAGAAGAGUUAUGUUGCGAGGGUAGAGGAUAUCCAAGACUGAAGAAAUUAUGGCUCUUUGAGUUGAGCGGGUUGAAGAAUAUGAGGGUGGAGAAGGGAGCAAUGUCUAGCCUUGAAGAGCUAGAUAUUAGACGUUGCGAAGAAUUAGUGGAGGCGCCGUUGUGGCUCGAACACGUCACUAACCUCAAAAUACUUGACCUGUAUGAUAUGUCGGAGGCUUUCUUGAAUGGGCUCAGAAAGGACGGAGUUGAAGAAUUAGUGGAUUGCAUUCACCACAUCCCAUUCAUACAAUAUACAGACACUCAGACAAAUGCUCAUUGGGAGUUGUCAUGAUUCUGAAGAGCAGUUGUCAGGACCUGCAAACAAUGAAGGUGGUUAGUGACGGAUAUCAAGAGCAAGCGUCAUAUCUCUUUGACUCUCAUUCUAGCCCUCUAGUUUACUAUUUUAGAACUCAACAAGUGACAUUGUCACUUUGGCAUUCCUUAUUUCCAGUUUUAAAAAUGUUGUUGCUUGUAUUGGGUGUAGUUAAUUGUUGUCUGAUACUUGUAAGCUCCUGAAGCAUCAUGGGAGUAUUUCUUUUUCUAGAGAUGGAGCUGGAAUUUGUGGAUGGGGAUAACUUGAGUAAUGCAUACUUUU